UUUCUUUUUGGUAUUUAUUUUACGUGUAAUGUGUUGUAUUUCGAGUUCUUUUCGGGACUUGUUGAAACUUAAAGAUUUUUGUUUGAAUAGAAAAGAUUGAUUUUCUACUUAUAAGCUGACGUUAAGCCAAUUAAUUGAAUUGAUUCGUCGAUACUUUUAAGUAAUUUAUCGACUGUUAGUGUGAAGUAUCGAACUCAUUAACUGCUUAGCAUGUCCGCCGAGGAGCCAGAGCAGAUUGAAAAUGAAACCGCUCCAGGAGAACAGAACCCUGAGCUGAUGAUUAAACAUCCACUGCAGAAUAUGUGGAGUUUAUGGUUUUAUAAGAAUGACAGAACCAAAUCUUGGGAAGAAAAUCUUAUGGAAAUCAUUACUUUUGAUACCGUAGAAGAUUUUUGGGCUCUGUAUAAUCACUUAGAAGUUGUCAGCAAAAUCCCAGUUGGAUGCGAUUAUGCACUUUUUAAACAUGGUAUUAAACCCAUGUGGGAAGAUACCCGAAAUAAACAAGGUGGUCGGUGGUUGUUAAAUGUUCAGAAGUCUCAAAGGAAUUCAGAUUUGAACAAUUACUGGCUUGAAAUACUUCUAUGUUUGAUUGGAGAAGCAUUUGGUGAGCACAGUGAUGAUGUUUGUGGAGCUGUUGUACAGAUCAGAAAUAAGGGAGACAAAUUGGCUGUUUGGACUGCAGAUGUUAAACAUCAUGAUUCUAUAAUGAAGAUAGGGCAGAUUAUUAAGGAGCGAUUAAACUUGCACCCUAGAAAUAUGAUUGGAUAUGAAGCUCAUGCAGAUACCCAGGUUAAGACAGGCUCUGUUGCAAAGUGUAGAUUUACAUUAUAAUUAUUUAAUAGAAAAUUAAAUUGAAAUUAUUUGAUGGAUGGUGGUUUGUUAUGUGCAGAUUAUAGAAUGAAGGCUUUAAUAUUCAGUCUUUGAUAAAUAUACUCCUGUUUUACUUAACACUGUGUGAGUAUUUGCAAUUUGAUUCCCUGUAUUAAGGAAUCUUAAAUCUUUUUGGAAAUGAUAUAAAAUGUGUCAUCUUGAUAUUUAUAAUUAUUAUUUUCAAUUGUAUAAUAUAUCAUCUUUUAUUAAUGUAAGUGGAAUAUUAAAUCUUAAGUAAAAAUCUAUUACGUAAGUAUUUUAUGUGACUUUAAAGAAUAUUAAAAAUUGUAUUAUUAUAUACUUCAUAAUAGAUUUAUUUUGAUUGAUUUAUAUAAUUAUAAUUUGUAAAUAGAUUUAUAUUGAUUUGAUGUAAAUGUAAUAUAGUUUUGAUUUAAUCAUGGAGUUGAAAAUUAUCAUUAGAAGUAAUUUGAUUUGUAUUCUCAAGUUAUACACUUUUUUCUUUAUGAUAUGAGAUUAAUUUUGUUAAUAGAUUUGUUAACAACUUAUUUUUUGGUUAAAUUAUUACUCGCAUUUAUAUAUGUAAUUUAAAAUGUGUAACUGUGUAUUUAAAUGCUCUUUCUUUAUAGGAAAGAUUCUUUCCUAUUUUUACAUAAUUUGGAAUUUCAUUAGAUAAAGACUUCAUUCUAGAAUAAAAAGAAAAUCCAGAAGUUUCGCAUAAUGUGUACUAUUAAUGUAUGUUGUGCAGUUUGCUAUGUUUUUGGCUUGCUUAUUUCUUUAGAUUCCCGGUGAUUUGACAGAUGUUAUUAGCCCCAAAUCAUUGCAGAAAUAUUUUACCAUAUAGUCUGUGUAUUGCCUUGGGUGAAUUCUAGUUAUAAAAAUAUUGGUUUGUGAAUAAUCUUGCUGUAUGAAUGCUUGAAGAUUAGUUUGUUUUGCACAUUUUUUUUAAAUUGCAUAAUGUCAUUUUAAGUAAUUAUAAUAAUUAUGAACCAGUGAAAUAAAAUUCUCUCGUUAAAAAAAAAAAGCAUUCGCUUCAAAUUUAUUUUUACUUCAAAUAGAAUAGCUGUAUGAAAAUGUUAUAAUCUGGAUUUGAAAAAUAAAGCAUAUUAUAGGUUGAGA